GCCCUCUAUUCAUGUAAGAAGAUUAUGUUGUGGAAGCGGAUGAAGCGGAUCAAAGCGGAUGUUCCAAUCUGUUGAAGCCGGCAAACGAUUUUUUUUUUUUCAUAAUCAGUCAGAGGAUAACUAUCGAAUAAUAGCCUGUUUUUGAUUUUUAAGUGUCAACAGAAACACAAUCAAGAUGACGAUCGGCAAGAACAAUAAAAUGCUACAGCAUAUCAAUUAUAGAGUCAGAAUUAUUCUCCAAGACUCUAGAACAUUUAUAGGCACGUUCAAAGCUUUUGAUAAACAUAUGAACCUCAUACUUGGAGAUUGUGAAGAAUUUCGUAAAAUUAAACCAAAGAAUACGAAGCAACCAGAAAGAGAAGAUAAACGUGUACUAGGCUUCGUGCUCUUAAGAGGAGAGAAUAUUGUUUCUUUAACAGUAGAAGGUCCUCCACCUCCGGAAGAAGGUUUACCCAGGGUACCUAUUCCUGGAGCAGCAGCAGGACCUGGUAUGGGUCGUGCAGCUGGUCGUGGUAUGCCUGCCAAUGUUGCUGGAGUACCUACUGGAUUACAAGGACCUGUCAGGGGGGUUGGUGGCCCAUCACAGCAGAUAAUGACACCGGGAGGCAGAGGCCAAGUUUCUGCACCACCACAGAUGCAUCCUGGUGGCCCUCCACGUAUGCCAGUUGGAGGUCCUCCACCUGGGAUGAUGGGUCCACCACCAGGAAUGAUGGGUAUGCCACCA